AUGUUUACUCUCAUCUCCCACAGCGAGACCACCCGAAAGGCCACCAAGAAAGCCUCCCGCGUGAUGUCCAGCCUUAAAAACACCCUCUGGUCAACCUUCUCCAAGACCCCCAAGCAGCAGCCUAAGGAGCAGAAGCCCAAGUACCAACUCUGUAGCAACCCCAGCAUCACUAUUACAGAUGCAGAGACCGGUGAAGAGUGGGAGUUCGUCGACCAUGAUGAACUCGACGGUGAUCUCGCGAACAGCGACGACAAUGGCACUUUGAGAGAGGAACUCAAGAUGAAUGCGCGCGAACAGGAGGAUCUUCUUUUCGCCGGUGAAUUUGACUGGCACGGACAGAGAGAUAUGCUGUCUGUUCGGCGAACUCGCGAGUGCCAGUGGAACAAGAGAUCUCUCAACGACGGCUGCAUCGCCUCAAGAUUGAGAAUAUAUAUCCUCGAUCUCUCUAGCCUACCCAACUCUCAUCCCUUUCCUUCAACCAUCCUCGAUAUCACUUCCUACCCGACUUCCUUGGGAUCAGCAACCAUCAACACCAAACACCAACCUGCACAUCUAACCUUGGACGCCCUACAUAAUAGCCUUCUUCGCUAUCCCCAGGACCCUCCGACUACCGACAACAACCUACACCCAACUUACCCCAAAACAACCGCCAUCAUGGGCAUGCAGAUACCUUCCGACCCAUCCAUGGAGUGGCCCGCAGAGCCCGCGAAGCCUGGCAUGUUCUCCAUGCUGGCCAAGAAGUUGACUACCCUCAUCAAGGGCAAGUCCGAGGAAGAAAAGGACCACGACCUCAAAGAAAGCACCGUCGUCUUCGCUGAAGACGCCACCGAGCCAUGGGAAGUCAUCCCCGCCAUCAAGGACGACCCUUGGGCUGUCAUCGUUGUCGACAAGCAGCACCAGGUGCUCACAACUUUCGACGACGGCAACGGCAAUCGCCAGAGCCAAUUCGAGCGAACCUACCAGUACGAGUUUGAGCGCCGAGUGCAAACAUCCUUCCGCCUUGCGCGUCGUGGGGCUGACAUGCGUGCCAAGUAGAUGUGCCCUCGUAGGCCGCAGAAGUAAAGGUUGUACACGAGUGAGUGAGCUUUCUUUGUAGUGUUUUCGGGCAAUGCUAAGUAUGCGCCCCCUGAAAUGGGAUCUUGGUCGUAGAUUAGACUGACUGUGACUAGGUAGAUUGGAUGAGCUUUCUAUAGAUAGACUGUAGAUAGACGACUUGGAC